AUGACGCUCAGCACCAAACAGCAUCUCACAGGGCACAACCUGGAGGCACUGGAUGAAUUGUUUCUAAGUGACAGAGUCAAUCAACUCUUGCAGAUUGGAAAAGGGGAGGCUGAUCACCAUCUGCGUUUGGCGCUGUCCUCAGCUCCCUGUGGGUGUCAGGCUGAGCAUAAAAGAAUAUCCGCUGUCACUUUUUCUGCAGUUCAGUUGCGGCAUGUGUUCACCCCGCUCAGUGGACAUCUUCAGAUCACAAACAGGCUGAGACCGAGAGCUCGCACAUCAAUCUCCAGAAUCCCAGACGUGAAUUGGACGCAGAUGGCUUCAAACUCCAGUGUAUUCCACAACUUAACGUCUGGCCUUGCACUGGACAUUGAAGAAACCUUGCUGAACAAUUCCUCGGAGAAUGCUAUCGGAAAGACUAACCUGACCUGCACCAUUGGUGGGAGGCACAAUUACAUCUUCCUUAUAAUCCCAGUCAUAUACAGCAUCAUCUUUGCCGUGGGAGUUUUGGGGAACAGCAUGGUCGUCCUCGUAAUUUAUCGCUACCUGAAGCUGACAACCGUGGCGAACAUCUUUCUGCUGAACCUGGCCCUAGCUGACCUGAUCUUCAUCAUCACCUUGCCGCUCUGGGUGGCUUACACAGCUCUGGAGUACCAUUGGCCCUUUGGGAUCUUUCUGUGCAAGAUGGGCACCACCAUCGUGCAGUUGAACAUGAAUGCCAGCGUCUUCCUGAUCACUUGCCUCAGUAUCGACCGUUACCUCGCCAUAGUGCACCCCAUGAAAUCAAGGACAAAGCGCACGUUAGUCCACGCAUGGGUGGUUUGCAUAAUUGUGUGGAUCUUGGCUGUUUUAGUGAGCCUGCCCCAGAUGUUUCUCCGCGAAGUCAUUCACUACAAGGAGUGGAAUAAAACCAUCUGCGCUUUCUAUUACCCAGAGAAGCACAAGACUCAAUGGAUACUUGGCAUGGCCUUGCUGAAGACCCUUCUGGGUUUUUUAAUUCCCCUACUCAUUAUUUUGAUCUGUUACACUCUAAUUGUCAAGAGCCUGGUGCAGGCCUUUCAGAUUGAAAGAAGCAAGCCAGCAAACAAUGAGGCGUUUAAACUGAUUGUGGCCGUCGUGGUGUCUUUCAUUUUGUGUUGGCUUCCGUUCCAGAUUUUCACUUUCUUGGAUGUUCUUUCGCGGUUGAAGAUUAUCGAGCAUUGCCACAUCACUGAAAUUAUUGACACUUCCAUUCCCUUCACAAUCUGCGUGGCCUAUUUCAACAGCUGCUUGAACCCCAUCCUCUACGGCCUGGUAGGACAAAGCUUCAGAAGGAAAUUCUUCCUGCUUUUGAAGUGUGUGCCUCCCAAGAUCAGAUCCCACCCGAGCCUGUCGACCAAAAUGAGCUCACUAUCUUAUCGUACCAUUGAAUCACUGAGCGCAAUAACCAAGAAACCAGUCUCUUCAAGCCAGCAAUAGUUGCCGUACGCUGUUUUGGUGGCAAGUUGGAACAGACUAACCAGGUUCGGAAAAAUCAAAGGUCCUGUCACCGGAAAUGAAAUUUUGCACUGUCGCUUAUUUCAGUGAUUAAUUUCUCAGUUACAAGGGACCCCCUUGCUUCGAGGCUCUCCAACCUGCUGAGGCACAGGCUCCUAGUAGAGCCAGGUACUCAUCCUUUGAUCAAAGAAUCAAUCUGAAUGCAACAUCACAGCAAAGCCCAGCAUGUUCCUGAUCCACUGUCUACACAAGUACUGGUGUCAACGGAUUGUGAAACAGGAUUUAGAAUGUAAACCAAUUGAAGGAGCAUGCUGGGGUCCACUGUAGUGUCUAACCUCCAAAUAACUCAGCUGCCUUCCUGGUUCCCUCUCAUCGUGUACACUUGCAACUUGAGGCCAUGGAUAGGAAUCCCAAUUCGUACCUUAAACCUCACCAUCUAAUUUCAUAAAUACCACACCCUACAGACUCAAAGCAUCAACAAAGUAAUACUCAAUGACUUUCAGUAUUCUACUUGAGUCAGAUUUGGACUUGGGCCAGUAUGACACAUGAAACUUCAGGUGAAGUUCAAAACGAGCAGACCAUGGCAUAUUUGGUUUAAUGCUCCCAUAUUCAACUAAUGUGAAGGAGAAAGAAAAGUAUAUAGGCUGCAAAAACAGAAGGGUGAGAAAUUCCUCACGCUGGAUGGACAGAAGGAAGAUUCAACUUCAUUGCAAUUGGCUGACCCUUUCUUGGAAUCUGGCAACUAGUGACAGAAAGGGGGAAGUCACACCUUGCUGCUACAUUUUUCCUGCCAACUCAAGAGUUACAACUAGCCAGUUGAUAUUUCCCCGGGCAAAAGACCCCACCAUUUUUUCUUUCAAUCACAAGAAGGGCAAGUCAUCUGAAUGAAGGGCUUCACUAGCAUGUGGUGAUGGGACUCAAUAUGAGUUUCCCAGCGCCGAAUCAAUUGAAAAGUAGUGACCAAAAACCAGAAACUAUGAUUUGUCUAUUCUUCAGAAUGAGCCUGGCGUCUUGUUGGAGUUAGACAUUGGGAUGUUCAUUAGGAGGCACCUAGAUAUGACACAGAUCCACAAUUCCUUUAUUCAAGUGGACAUCCAUAGAAUCUCUACAGUGUGGAAACAGGCCCUUUAGCCCAACAAGUCCACACCGAUCCUCAGAGCAUCCCACCAAGACCCAUAUAACCCACUUAGC